CAUUUUAUCUCGUCUUCUGCAACAGCAUGGAAAGAAAACACAUAGACAACGAGCUUUUACCUGGUCAUGAUGAAGAAGCUGUUGUGGAUACAGGCAAAAUCAGCUCCACCAUCAACACAAAUUUUGAGAAAGAGGAACUAGAAAGUCACAGAGCUGUGUAUAUAGGUGUCCACGUUCCUUUUGGAAAGCAAGGCCGACGGCGUCACAGGCACCGUGGACAUAAACAUCAUAGACGAAGAAAAGAAAAGGAAACUGAUAGAGAAGAUGGGCGAGAAUCUCCAUCCUAUGGACCCAAUGUGCAUGAUCUCUUGGAGGAUGGCUUGCCUGGGGGAACCCAUGGAUGA